GGCGCAGGCAUGGUGGCGUGGAGAUCCAUAAAUAAGCAGACUUUCACAAGAGAAUAUGUAUUACAUAUCCUUGGUUUUGUUUGCUUUUGCUUGGUUUUGACCAGUUUGUUGGCCAUCCCAUCGGAAUGUUUUCCUCUUCCAUGUUCCGUCUCGCUCUGCACAGCCAUCAACCGAGAGUCCGACUCCGCCGACUACAUAGCACAUAGGCUUCCGAACCGGUGCCAGCUCCGAGCCAGAUCCUAACCUACCAUCGCGUUGCCCGAGACACUGUAAUUUUACAGCUGGGAAUGGUCGAACCAAGCAAUGAACUGUCUGAACCUAAUGACAGAGUCAAGGAGCAGCCGCUAGAGCUCAGAUCCCAAGCAGAUUUGGUCAUCCAGGAGUUCGAACGAAUGGAGGAGUACAAUUUCGCCCCGCCGCCCGAUACUCCUAUUGAUAUCUCUAUUGAACGAUUGAAGUCGAAGAAUGAUCUCCUCAAUCUUCUGGGCUCAAGUCUUCUACCUCAACUCCAACAUCAAUGCGCCAGGCUGUCUGAAUUGUUGUGGGAGCCAUCCCACAUGCAGAACAAUCCGGCCUCAACGCUCAAGCUCAUUUCAGAGAUCCAAGCCAGGCUUCAUCUGAUUUUGAGCCAAAUCAUCCAGACGCGCGAUCAAAUCUUUCCUGGAAAAAUCUCCGAACCUUAUCAGACAAAUGACCAACGCUUCGAUCAAUUCAAAAUCUAUAGACUCCACAGGCUUGAUGCUUCUCUCAGAGCAGACAUGAAAAUUCGGCUCAGAAUUUUGUUUCAAGAUUCUAUCAAACAUAUUCAAAAUUUCAAGCGCUCAACAACAGACAGAAGUAACAUAAUCGAGCUGACUUACUUGAAAAUCGACGAGAAGAUUGACUUAGCCAUCAGCUUUAUCAAAGGAUCCGAAUUGCGUUUGAUAUGGGAGCUUUGGAAAGAUGGGAUCAACAAGUUGAAUUACGAAGUGGAAGCACUAGUACGUCAGAUGGAUCCGAUCAACGCCUUACAUCAAGAGGGCGAAAGUCCCUUGAGUCAACCAGCUAUCAAACUCGGUCGAUCAAUCCUCCCAAUCUUCAAAUUAUCCAGACUUUGUUUCAAGAAAUUAUAUCGGGCAAAUGUCAAGAUGGAGGAAGUAGAAUUAUUCACAGAGAUGUGCUCUCAUCAAUUAGUUUGCUUGCACGCAACCACCGACAACAUCGUUGAAUCGAUUUCAAAUUUAUCAUUUUCCAUACAAGAUGCUGAUCGACUCGAGCCUGGUGAAACUACUUUGGCCAUAUUCGAAGAACUCGACAAACUCAUCAAAUCAUUCCAAUCUUAUUUCUCCCUUAUUUCUCUCUAUGUUCUCCCUAAUAUGUUCCCAAACCCCAUCGAUUUCUCUCAUCAGAUUUACUUCCAAAAUUGGAUUGUUGCUUGGACUACUUCCUUUCUUUUAGCUACUCAUAACGCUAUCCAAGCUGUUCAAUUAUUUGCAGAUACUUGA